AAAACUGAGGCGGAAUUUAAAAAACGGCGUUAAAGAGCUUACAAAGUUCUUAGAAAUCCCAUAGUACAUGACCCAUGGUCCACAAGUAUUUUAUUUUUAUUGCUGGAGUACUUCGGACGGGAACUCACGGAUCUUGAUCAUCCGUGAAGCUUUAAAGAAGAUUCUUGCCAUAUUUUCCCCUUUUAUCUUUAUCCUUGUCGGUUCGCGCGAACCUUCAGUUUUAUGACCUGAACUCGCAACUGAAAGCUAUGGAUAAAACCCCGCUAGCUCAGUGCAUGCACCCACCUCCCUAUAUAUAAUUCAUUUUCCCUGAUCUCCUUCACCACUCAAUCAGAAAGCUAUCAAUUUUCUCUGAUCUCUGCCUACUUCAAAAUCUAUCAUUCUCAAAUUUCUGAAAUGGGUUUCUCCGAAUUUGCGAAAAAGUUUACUCUCCUCUUCCUUCUUGUUCAAUUAAGCUUGGUUAACAUGUGUUUCGGCGCAAGAAAGCUGAAUUAUCUUUAUAAACCACAACCCAUGUCUGCAACUUACCACGAUGGAGCUUUGCUUGAGGGAGACCUGCCGGUUUCAAUUCUUUGGUACGGGAAAUUUUCACCAGCUCAGAAAUCCAUUGUCUCAGACUUUCUUCUAUCUCUUAGCCCAGGAAAAGGACAAAAGCCCUCAGUCUCUCAGUGGUGGAAUACCCUCCAAAUUUACAUGAAGAAAGCUGGAAAAAGAGAAACCCGAGUUGUCUUAGCAAACCAAAUAUCAGACAAGAACUGCUCUCUAGGCAAGAUCUUAAAGAAAUCCCACAUUUCCAUGUUGGCUGGGAGGGCGAACUCAAAACUCGGUGGGUUGAACCUGGUUCUUACAUCCAAUGACGUCGUGGUUGAAGGCUUUUGCAUGAGUAGCUGCGGGUUUCAUGCUUCGGACACAAUGCCCAUAUCGGCUUUCAUCUGGGUCGGUAACUCGGUGACCCAGUGCCCGGGUCAGUGCGCGUGGCCUUUCCACCAACCCAUCUACGGACCACAAACCGAGCCGCUGGGUGCACCAAACGGGGACGUGGGGUUGGACGGCAUGAUCGUCAAUAUUGCGAGUCUUUUGGCCGGGACCGUGACGAAUCCAUUCGGGAACGGAUAUUACAUCGGAUCUGACGCGGCGCCAUUAGAGGCGGGGUCGGCUUGUACAGGCGUGUACGGUAAGGGAGCCUAUCCAGGUUAUGCCGGGGAGCUGCUGCUGGAUUCGGUAACUGGUGCAAGCUACAAUGCGCACGGUGUGAGCGGGAGGCAGUACUUGUUGCCUGCAGUGUUUGACCCUUCUACCUCACAGUGUGCAACGAUUGCGUGAGUGUUUGGAGUUGGGAGAGACGCGUGGCUUGUUGUGACGAUGUUUGUAUAUAUGUGUACAUAUGCAAAUAAAAUGUUGAGAGGGCUUGAUAUUA